UGCGUGUCCGCUUGACAAUGCUGAGCUCCGAGAUGCGAGCCCCCAACCCAACAACCACAACAGACCGCCAGCGCCGUUUCCUGGAGUCCCCGACCGACAAGCACAAGGACUGCCGUGCCCCGCCUGCGACCGCGAACGAGCAGGAUUGAGGAACCCUGAAGAUGCGCCUGCGCCGAUGAUUGGAGAGGACAGGCUUGACUUGCAGCCGGACAUCGGAGCACGGAGACCGACCGCGAGCGCAAGGGGUCGGGCACCCGGCGGCACGCACGAUGCUCUGCGAGUGUACGACGACGUGAAGUGAAGUCAGUCCUGUCCUGUGUGUGCGAGUUUGCGCGCCUACCAGUCAGUAGCCAUGUUCGGGCGGUUGCACGGUUGCAGCUAACACUAAAAGGCCGGCGCCCGGCGGUGUGAUAGAUGAGUGGGCGGCUCAUAUGACGACCUCCACACCUUCCUUGUUCAGAAUCGUUGACUGCACGCAGCGUAGCACGGUCCCCCCAAAACGGGGGUUGGGACGGGCGACACUGCUAGAAACCCGACCCCGCCGUUGCGCUGGCGACUGGGGAUUUUUUUUUGCCUUGUCCUUCUCCUUCUCCUUCCAAUCAAGCGCCGUCUUCACGUCAAAGCGACACCGCCACAUCGCCUGCUACCUGCCUCGCUCGCUAGCUCUCCUCUCCCUCGUCUACGCCUCCGCCCUGCCGUUACGCCAUAAAUCCAGCAGAGGCAGCCAUCCAAUCCAACCAACCUGUUGAUACUCGCUCGUAUCGUAGUAUACACGCCGCGACCUCGUACAAACGCGUGCACUAGUAAUUGGCGCAAUCCACCGUCUCCCCAACCGCCCGAUACAGCGCAGCGGAGGCAGCUCGACAAUUCGACCCCCUCCGGCAAUCGCCGCCCGGAUCUAUCUACACGACACUGGGCUCUGGAUGCUGCUCAAAGCGGAGAUGCUGUAAAGAUCGGUUCCUUGGCGAGCGCGCCGACGAUGGCGGCCGGCGGCCGCGUGCGGUUCAACGUGGGCGGGCAGGUGUUCGAGACGACCACCACGACGCUGGCCAACGCCGGUCGGGACUCCAUGCUCGGCGCGCUGCUCGACUCGUCCUGGAACGUCUCCUCCUCGGGCGGCGGCGGCGGCGGGGUGGCCGAGUACUUCAUCGACCGCAACCCGGCCUGCUUCGCGGUGCUGCUGGACCUGCUCCGCACGGGCAGCCUCCACGUGCCCCCGCACCUCCCGGAGAAGCUGCUCUACCGGGAGGCGCUCUACUACGGCCUCCUCGACCACGUGCGCGCCGCGCGGUGGGGCGCGUUCGACGGCGACCGCCUCCGCCUCGCCGCGUCCGUGCCGGGGCGCGCCCCCGGGGACGGCACGGCCAUCCGCGCCGCCCCCGACGGCGGGUGCUGCGUGGCGCACGGCGGCGCCGUGCGCGUGUACAACUGGAUGCUCGACGAGCGCCGGCCGGUGUCGCUCGACCACUCGCAGGUCAACGACGCGGCAUACCUCGACGCCGCCACGCUGCUGGUCGCGGCCCGGGAGCGGCUCGGCAAGCGCGACGGCGGCAUGGCCGCCUUCUCCGCGGCCUCCGGCGAGCUCCGCCACCGCUUCCGCGUCGCGCACGACCGGCAGGCCAAGUCCUUCACCGCCGGCGCGCUGGCCUUCGACCAGGACGCGAGCGUGUUCGCCAGCUGCAAGGGCCGGCUCAACGAGUACGGCGUCGGCGUCUGGGACCGCGCCACCGGCGAGCAGGCCGACUUCUUCUACGAGCCCCCCGGCUGCGCCCUGGGCGACGCCGACAGGCUGCAGUGGCUGGACGCCGCCGGCGCGCUCAUGGUGGCCACGCUGUUCCCCAAGGCGGACAACUGUUUCAUCGGCCUGCUGGACUUCCGGGCCAAGGACGUGGUGUGGUCCUGGUCCGACGCCGGCGCGGCCGCGUCGCUGGACGACAAGCGCGUGCUCCACGCCAUCGCCAUGGAGGACGAGCGCUCCGUCUGCGUCAUCAACCAGUACGACGACCUCGGCUUCCUCGACCUCCGGAGCGGCGCCGGCGGCGUACGGUGGAGCUCCCGGAGCAAGCUGAUGAACCGGAAGGUGCCCGGCGAGGAGAGCUGCUACCCGAAGCUCGCCACGCACGGCGGUCAGCUCUUCUCGUCCAUGAACGACAGCAUCUCCGUGUUCAGCGGGCCCGAGUACGUGCUGACGUCGACGCUCCGCCGGAGCCACGGCGGCGCCAUCUGCGACUUCUCCAUCGGCGGCGACCGGCUCUUCGCCCUGCACAACGAGGAGAACGUGUUCGACGUCUGGGAGACGCCGCCGCCCCCGAUCAUCUGACCGUGCCAGGGGACUCCGGCCCUAUUGGUUCCUCUGCGCACCCGUUCUGUAACUUCCACUGGACUAGAGCAUUGCAAAUUUGCUGCACACUUUUAAACACCCGAAAGAAAUAUUCAGGAUUAUUUCUGCAGACUGAAUACACUGAAACAUUUGAUUAGAGAAAUUGUGUCGGCAACGCACCUAAAAAGAGCGUGUGUUGCUGUGACUGUACUGAACUUGAUUGCUUUUGGUAGCGAGUGCGAGAUGUUCUGUCGAAAUCAUGGCAAAUGGGUUCUGAUCGGUGUACGAUGCGAGACCCUCUCUGCUAGUCUGCAGGUAGCCCUGAGUUUUCAAGCUACACGUGCUAACGGCACGUUUUGGA